AGCUAUGGUCGAUAGCAUUUACACAUCGUUUCAACUGAUCGAGAAAUUGAAGUUCGAUAUCUGUAAAAUAAUUCGACAAAAGUUGAUCUGAGAUAUCGUAGUAUUCGCGGCAAAAUUUGUUGUCACCACUAUAGGCAGUCCAAGAGUUAAAGAAAACUUUGAAAAAUGCAUAAACUAUGGAUAUCCCAAAAUGUACGAGAAACGUCCUCCAUUUUGACAAAAUAAAGAAGAGCACUAGGUACUGUAGGUAAAUUAACUGCGUAUUCUUCGAUAAUAAUGUAAAGUUAUUUGUGGUGGGAUCCUGCAAGUCCUUGUUUUGACGUCUAAAGAUGGAAAAUAAACAGCUAAUACCGUCUAGUAGUAGCAAAUCAAAUACGUCAGAUGAUACCAAAAACAAUAUCCAAAUGGUAUUGGCCAAAAUGAUGGAAGAGAAGCAUACCUACACCUAUAAAAAAUUGGUUGUCCCAAUGUCUAUGAGAAGUAUAUAUUGGAAAUUCUUUGGUUUUCCAGCAACUGAAGAAGGUGACAUUCUGACUAAGGUCAAGAUCGUUUGUAUAAUAUGUAAAACACAAAUUGCAUACAAUCGUAAUACCAGUAACUUACGUAUGCAUCUGCAAAAUAAACAUGCACAAGAACUUCAUGAAUUGGAAACUGUAAAUCCACCAAGAAGACAAACUCUCUCCCAAGAAACUAAGGAACACAGAGCACAAAAGCGAAUGCUCAAAGCUGGUGUUAACGCAACACAUCACAUAUAUACUACAAAUGCUGAUGGUACAGUACAAAUUGGUGGGGAUAUACAAUUUGUUACUGAUCCCAAUAUCAGUCUGUCUAGUGUCAAUGAUGAUAUGAGUAUUGGCCAACCACUGCAUGUGAUGAUAAAGAAUGGCACUACUGUAGGUCAUAGUAGUCCAAAUAUGACAUUCCUGAUGCCUGAUGAAAAUUCUAUAUCUCGCUCUGGUACUGAUGAUAGAACUGUAUCAGAUGCAAUUACAGAAUUUAUUAUAAUGGAUCUGCAGUUACCUGAAGUCGUUGAAGGACGUGGGUUCCAACGCCUUAUAGCGACUCUUCGAUCACCUUGCGAAAUUCCCUGCAAACGGAAAUUAGAAGAUGAAAUUAUACCAAAAGUGUAUGAUUCGUUUCGUGAAUCUGUGGCAACAAAUUUAUCCUGUAUAGAGAGUGAAAUUGGUUUAGCUAUUGAGGAAUGGAAGUCGAAGUCAAAUGAAUGUUUUGUGACUUUUUCAGUAUACUUUCAAAAUAUAGGUGAAGCAUCAUUAGAUUACAAAGUUUUGAGUACAUUACAUGCUCCAAUCGAGUGGGGAGAAAUACAAUGGGGAACUGCAGUAGAUUCUCUAUUACUUGACUGGGAUAUUAGGGUCGAGCGGAUAACUGCUGUUGUUAUUGGAACUUCGCGUACUGAACUUCUGGAUGCCUUGAUUAGUAGAGGCCUUGCUAUAGUGCCAUGCCUCCUCCAUACAUUGCAAGUUUGUGCACAGGCAUGUUUUGACACUCCAGAAGUUGCCAAUAUUUUAUCAAAAUGUAGAGCAGCUAUUGGAGCCAUUGCGAGUCAUCCAGCCGCAUCUACAUCUCUUGUUAUGCAAGAGCAGUUGUUAGAGUUUGAUGAAUAUCCCAUGGUGAUGGAUUAUCCAGUGAUAUGGACUUCUACAUAUAAUAUGUUAGAGCAGAUACUUUUGCGAAGAAAUAUUAUAGACAACAUCUUUGAAAGUAUCGAAGGUAUUGAUCAAGAAGUUAUUGAGCUUUCUAAUGAACAGUGGAAAAUAAUUGAAGACCUUGUCUCCGUUCUUGAGCCAUUCAAAGUUACGAUUAUGACCCUUAGUGAAGAAAAGAUACCAUUAAUAUCAUUAUUAAAGCCAUUACUUUGGCAACUCGUGUCGUCGCAUUUGAAAGUCAAGGAGGAUGAUAAUGAUAUCGCCCGAUCAUUUAAAGAAUCACUCUCUGAGAUGUUAUGCGAUCGAUAUGCAGAUAACAAUAUAACUCUCCUGUUACAAAUUGCAACGACGCUAGAUCCCAGGUUUAAGCAAUUGCCGUAUGCGACGGAGGAACAUAAAAGUAUGGUUGCAACACCAAUAAAAGAAAUGUUAAUAAAAUUAAUAGAGGACGAGAGUGAACGUCAGAUGAUUGUAGAGCCAGUUGGUAAAAAAAGUCGCUUAUCAGGCAUGGAGCUUUUACUUGGAGAUCUCUGUACUCUGAGAAAUGAAAUACCAGCAGAUGAGAAAGCUGAUUUAGAAUUUAUACAAUAUCAGUCUGAAGCAACCGCACCGCUGGAUUGUUGCCCUCUACAAUGGUGGGCGAAAAUGUCAGUAAAAUGUCCCAAUCUUGGAAAAUUAGCACGCCGAUACAAUUGCGUUCCCGCUUGCUGUUCACCGCCGAAUCACAUUCCUCCAGAUGUUCAAGUGAUUCACGACGUGAGACGUGCCGCAUUACCACCUCAUUUGACUGAUAAGCUGCUUUUCCUUCAUGGUAAUCAUAACGUAUGAGCGAGUGAUUAACUGUAUGGAGGGAAGUUCUUUAAAUGAGUCUUGAAAAAGACUUCAUAUGUAAUUGCACAGUAGAUGCCAUACAAAAGAAUAUACUACGUAUAUGUAUUACAAAACUUGAGGUGUACGAAUUUGAUUCAGAACAUCAGACUGAACUUAUAGAACUAGGCAGAAAACGUUACUUGUACAUUACAAUAUGUUUCAAUACUUAAAGCUUGAGUAAGAAAAAGUCUGAAACGUACAGAUGUGUGAUAAUAGGUCCAUUAUAAAAUUAUCAGUCGAACUGAAUACAUAAUCUGGAGAAGAGGUAACUAUUUGUCAGAAGACAAUUUGUAUUGUCUUUUGAAAUCUAUUUCGCUACAGUGUAGCUGUGUGACGCGUAUUUCCUUGCCCAUGCGACGUAUGUAUGAAUUGAAUAACAGUACAUUAGUAGCUAUAAUAAAAACUUCAUAAUAUUCAGUCAGUAUAUAUCUAUACGAUUAUGGAGCGCGCAAUGAAUAUAUUGUA